UCAUCUGUCGCCCGAUCGCUAGAGAGAGUGUGUGAGAGAGAGGGAGAGUUUAUCGUGUCUCUGUGUGUGUGUGAGAGAUAUAGACAUAGAUAGAGAGAGAUGGAGAAGGUAUGUGUAGCAGUGAGAGUGAGACCCCCGGUCAGCGAAGAGACCUCCAAUGGAACUUACUGGAAGGUUGAAGACAACCGCAUUUCUCUUCAUAAGUCUCUCGGCACUCCUAUUUCUGGACUUUCUUAUGCUUUUGAUCAUGUAUUCGAUCAGGAUUGCACAAAUUCUAGGGUUUACGAGCUUCUUACAAAGGACAUUAUUCAUGCCGCCGUUGAGGGUUUCAAUGGAACUGCAUUUGCAUACGGACAAACCAGCAGUGGCAAGACUUUUACGAUGAACGGUUCUGAAAAUGAUCCAGGAAUUAUCCAUCGGGCUGUAAAAGAUAUAUUUGGAAAAAUUCAGAUGACAAAUGACAGAGAGUUCCUGAUUCGAGUUUCCUACAUGGAAAUAUACAAUGAAGAAAUUAAUGAUCUUUUUGCUGUAGAGAACCAGAAACUGCAGAUCCAUGAGAGUUUGGAACGUGGGAUAUUUGUUGCAGGACUCAGGGAGGAAAUUGUGAAUUGUGCUGAACAAGUGCUUAAGCUCAUCCAGUCUGGAGAAGUUAACAGGCACUUUGGUGAGACCAACAUGAACGUUCGAAGUAGUAGAUCUCACACUAUAUUUAGGAUGGUAAUUGAGAGCAAGGGAAAGGAUAUCAAUUCUUCUGGUAAUUAUCCAAGUCCAGACGAUGCUAUACGUGUUUCUGUCUUGAAUUUGGUAGAUUUAGCAGGGUCUGAACGGAUUGCUAAGACUGGAGCUGGGGGAGUUCGUUUAAAAGAAGGGAAGCACAUCAACAAGAGCUUAAUGAUUCUUGGCAAUGUGAUUAACAAACUAAGUGACGGUGCAAAGCAAAGGGGACACAUUCCUUAUCGUGACAGUAAGCUCACUCGAAUACUUCAACCUGCACUUGGUGGUAAUGCCAAAACCUCAAUAAUUUGCACUGUAGCCCCUGAAGAGGUUCACAUAGAGGAAACAAAGGGAACUCUCCAGUUUGCUAGCAGAGCUAAACGCAUUACCAAUUGUGUUAAAGUGAACGAGAUUUUGACAGAUGCUGCCUUGUUGAAGCGACAGACACUAGAGAUAGAGGAACUGCGUAAAAAACUUCAGGGAUCUCGUGCUGAGGUGCUGGAGCAGGAGAUCCUGAAGCUGCGAAAUGACAUGCUCAAGUAUGAACUAGAGCGUGAGAAGCUUGCUAUGGAACUGGAGGAGGAGAGGAAAUCACAUAAAGAACGGGAUCAAUGUAUAAAGGAUCAGCAGAUGAAAAUUAACAAUCUCAGUAGUCUUGUCACUACAUCAGAUUCUGAUAGAAGUACCACCUCCAUCCAGGACCAGGAAUUUGUAAGGCAAAGCCUCAAGAAAGAAAGCUUUGACAGUCAUAGCGUAUUCCAGGAAGAUGGUUUUAGAACCCCUUGUUUUAAAGCAGUUCCCAAUGCCUUUGUUGUCAAACGAUCAAUUUCCUCUCGGCAGCAAGAGUGUAGCCCUCUUCCAGAUACAUUUAGCAAUAUUGCUGAUGAAGACACGUGGAUGAAAAUGAACAAAGGCUACAUAGCUGACCUUGAUUCAAUUCAGAUGACUCCAGCAAGGAAAGUUCAUUCCUUUCCAUCAGGUGAUGGAACUCCUGGUUGCUCCAUUGAGAAUUACAAACAAGAGGUCCAGAAUCUCAAGAGACAGUUGGAACAUACUAUUAAAGAAAAGGAUGAACUUGAGAAAAAUCACACCGAACAAAUACUACAUAACACUCAACUGAUGGCAGAGAUAUCUGAACUUCAACAAGAGGCACUACUAAUCCGAGAAGUUCCUCGACAAUUGUGUGAAUCCGUGGCCUACUGCAAAGAUGUAUACAAGGAUGUUUUGUCAAUUUUGCAGAGUUUUGUCGCUGAUGAGAAAUCUGCAACAGCAAAAUCACUCUCUAGCACAAGUGAGAUUGGUUCACAUCUUUUCUCAUCUUUGGAAACUCAUCUCUCACUGGCUAUGGACGGCCCCAAAACUUCGACAAUGAACAAUUCUCUAAUUCAAGAGCAAUGCAAGAAAGUUGGCGACAACUUGAACAGCACAAUUACAUCCAUAGUCCUAUCAGAAGCACCAGCUCUCAAGGAUGAACAUGUUGGAAAUCCGGUAUACAGCAGCGAGUAUAAGGAAUGCACAUUGGGAGGAGAAAUCGCUCACUGGAAGGCGAAAUUCGUAGAUGAACUUAACACAAUCAAGGAAAAAUGUCAAAGCUUGACAGAAGAGUUGGAUAACAAUAAAGAGCUUCUCGAGGUUUCUAAAGAAAGAUAUCAUAGCUUAGAAAGGGAGUUCCAUCUCUUGAAAGAAGAAAAAGACUCUCUGCUUCAAACAGUCUCUAGUUCAUCUCAAAGGCUGUCACUAGUUACUAAUGAAAAGAAAAAGGUUUUGCAGGAUUUGGAUGAUGAAGUACAGAAAAGAAAAGACCUAGAAGAAGACAUCAAAAAGUUCAGCGUCGCAUUUGCUUGUCGUCAGAGGUCACUCGAGUCAUUCCACAGUGAGUUUCGAGCUAAAGUUGAGAACUUGAAAGCACAGAAUCCGGUUUCAAUACCCAAAUCUCUUGGAUAUUAGAAAUGGUUGCCUCUUGAUGCAGUGUAAGUUCUGCAAUUCACUGGAAACCUCCUGGUAUUUGUUGUUGCUGUUUGUGAUGUAUUUAUAUGAAUUUAUGUAUAUUUGAUCCACACAUUAUGAUGCAGUGUAAGUUCUGCAAUUUACUGGAAAUCUCUUGGUAUUUGUUGAUGCAGUUUGUGAUGUAUUUAAAUGAAUUUAUGUAUAUUUGAUCACUUGACAUCUCCAUAUUGGAUUUUUUUUAUAAGUAUUAGUUGGAAGUAUGAAUUGUAAUUCAAACUCUGCAAA